AUGCGUCUACGCAACCAUAUCCAGACCGGCCUGGCUCGGCGUCGAGUGUCCCGGUCUUGCAUGGCCUGCCAAAAGUCCAAAACCAAAUGUUCUGGCGAGCAGUCAUGCGCAAGGUGCAGAAAAAAGCAUCUGAAUUGCACCUACCUGGAGCAGCCCACGAUCGAGUCUGAACAUGGCCAGUCUCCAACGACCACGCCGACCCCGCAAGCACAACGGGGCAACUUGCCUGGCUGGCUGAGCUCUGCUGCUCUCCCGUCGUCCCAUCGUGUGCGCGAGCUCCUUGACAUUUACUUUGCUCAGAUCCACACUGUCCGGUGCUUGGGCUUCAUUCACAUCCCAACAUUCAUGGACCGCUUCAAGGAGCACGAGGCUCUGCACACGGAUCCCUCAGGCCUCGUGUACGUCAUGUGCGCCUUGGCUGCUCCAUUCAUGUACGCCAAAGUUGCAGGCACCUCGGGUGAUGAUACAGAGAGCCUUCGAUUCCACGAGGCGGGCCGCGGCUGGGCGGCGAGCGCCAUGCAACGCGUGUUUGCCAACUUUGGCUCCUCGACGGUGGAGCAUCUGAUGGUGUCUGUGCUGGUGCACGAGCAACUUAUUAGAAGCGGUGAACAUACCAAAGCUCUUUUGAUAUCUGGCAUGGUGACGCGGCAAGUUCAGAUCUUGCAACUCAACCUGGAGCACGACAAUGACACAUUAUGUGUGCAUGAAGGCUCUCUUUCGAGCGACACUAGAGAGUCGCGACGGAGAUUGUUCUGGGCUUGCUACCUGCAAGACGCACUCAUUGAAUGCGGCAUUGACCAGCUCAAGCUCAUAUCAAGUGAUGACGCGCGUUUGCAACUUCCAUGCCGAGAAGAGGACUUUAUUCGAGGCCAGCCCCGUGUCACAGAAACAUUAGGAAUUGGGACUCUGCUACCAUCAAUUGGAGCAAGACAUGCUGGCGAAGCUGCUGAGAACUUGGACCUCAGAGCUUACUAUAUUCGUGCCAUGUCAAUGCGCUCCAGCAUUCUGCGGUAUGUCAAGCACCUAGAUGGCGACGAACCGUGGGACCCUCUCUGCGGCUCGCAGUUUCAGCGCCUCGAAGAGCGCCUCGUUGCCCUCGAGCAGUCCAUCCCAAAUGCUUUCCGAAUAAACAACGGCAACACUUAUCUGUACAAAGCUUUCGGCCGCCUGAACUUGUAUUACGGCUUGCACAUACUACUUGCGCAGACCUGGACUGACCUCUACCGGGUCGGAGUAGCUGGUCUCGUAUUCCCCAGCUCGGCCACAGCGCAGCUCCGUCAAGACGCGCCCUCUGAAUUUCGACGGCGUUGCCACCAGACUUGCGCGGAUCGGGCAACGCUCAUAUCAGGGCUGCUCGAGAGCCUCUACAAAUGCCAUCGGGAGAGUAUGAUUGACAUGCCCUACGCGAUACAUGCCCAGGUCUGCAGCAGCACUCUUGUCACGACGCUGGCUUCGGCCAGAGCGGCAGAUGCGAGCUUUCUGCCAGACUGUUAUAGCGACUCAGACUACCGCCGCAUGCUACACGCGAACCUCACGGUGCUGCAGCACAUGCAGCAGUAUAUGAAGGUGGAUUUGUUUGUCGAGUCUGCUAGUCAAGCGCUGAAGCAUUUUGAGUGCAUUGUGCAGCGGCAUGGGACUAUUCAGCCGAAUAAUGAUAAUAAUAAUAAUACAGAGACUACUGCGGAGGCGACAAACCCCUCGCACUUUUCGCUGGAUUACAUUCUCAAUCCGCUAGGGGUGUUUCCCAUCGCUCGAACACAAGCUCGCGAUAGGCACAUGCCGGAGAGGUUUGCAAAGACGCAGCCCACGGCUUGUAAAAGUCCCGCGGUCGCAUCAACCUUGGCGCAAAUGCAUCAUGAACAAGAAGAAAGGGAAGCAAUCGAGGCCCCCGGGCCGUCGUGGAACUGGGACGCGCAGCUGCUGCCCCUUUUGGAGAGCAUGGACUACCCAACAUUCCUUGAUGACACGAUUCUAAACGACGGAGCUUUGGGGAACUCUUGUACCUUUUAUUGA